UCUUCAGUUUCCAGUGUGCGGGUAUGUGUCAUCCCACCGGAAUUUAACUGAAAUCCGCGAUCGUUGUGUUUUCUCAUAGUGAGUGUGAGUUGUAAUUAAACGAAGAAGUUCUGUUCGUGUUGUUGUUGUUGUUGUUGUCGUGGUGUCGUCGAAUAUCCGCGUCGCAUCAGCAUCCCCAGUCAUGUACGCGACGUUGUUCGCGUGCCUCCUCGUCCUCGGACCGGCCCUGGCCGCCGAGGACGACACCGCCGGUCCCGUCUUCCUGCGCGAGCCCCUCAACCGCAUCGACUUCUCCAACACCACCGGCGCCGUCGUCGAGUGCAGCGCCCGAGGCAAGCCCCAACCGGACAUCAUAUGGGUUAGAUCUGACGGCACCGCCGUGGGAGACGUGCCCGGACUCAGGCAGGUGCUGUCCAACGGCAACCUGGUGUUCCCGCCUUUCAGGGCCGAGGACUACAGGCAGGAGGUUCAUGCCCAGGUCUAUUCUUGCUUGGCACAAAACGGUGUUGGUUCUAUAAGGUCCAGGGAUGUUAACGUCAGAGCAGUCGUAAACCAGUACUACGACACGGACGUGAACAAGGAGUACGCGAUCAGAGGCAACGCCGCCAUACUGAAGUGUCAGGUGCCGUCGUUCGUGGCCGAUUUCGUGACGGUCGUCUCGUGGCACACGGACCAAAACGAGAAUUUCUAUCCAGGCGGCCCGGACGUUGUUGCGCAGUCGUACGAGGCGGAAGCCGACAACGAGUACGUGAUCAGAGGAAACGCGGCAGUGAUGAAAUGCGAGGUACCAUCGUUCGUUUCGGAUUUCGUGCAGGUCGAGAAUUGGCAGGACACCCAGGGAAACACCUACAUGCCCAACGACGACUACGACAGCAAAUAUUUGGUCCUCCCAUCCGGUGAAUUGCACAUCAGAGAUGUCGGAGCCGAAGACGGUUACAAAUUGUAUCAGUGUCGCACCAAACACCGUCUGACAGGCGAAACAAGAUUGAGCGCAACCAAGGGCAAACUGGUCGUCACCGAGCCCGUCACUGGUGUCGCACCUAAAGUUAAAGACAUAGAUGUGGGUAGUUUGAAAAAGGAAGUACCAUUGGGUUCCACGGUUCCCAUGACGUGUACCGUUCAAGGGUACCCCGCCCCAUCAUUUAGGUGGUACAAGUUCGUCGAAGGUACUUCUCGCAAACAGGCAGUCCAGCUGAACGACAGAGUGAAACAAGUGGCCGGCACCUUGAUCAUCCGCCAAGCUAAAGUCGAAGACUCAGGAAAGUACUUGUGCGUUGUCAACAACUCAGUUGGAGGUGAAAGCGUUGAGACGGUACUAACAGUGACCGCCCCCCUGAAGGCUAAAGUCGACCCCCCGGUACAAACCAUCGACUUCGGACGUCCCGCCGUCUUCACUUGCAAAUUCGAAGGAAACCCCAUCAAAACAAUCAGUUGGCUAAAGGACGGAAAGCCCAUCGACCACACCGACGCCGUCUUGAGGAUCGAGUCCGUGAGGAAGGAGGACAAGGGGAUGUACCAGUGCUUCAUACGCAACGACCAGGAGAGCGCCGAAGCCACGGCCGAAUUACGACUGGGCGGCAGGUUCGAACCGCCCCAAAUCCGACACGCGUUCAACGAGGAAACGGUACAGCCCGGCAACUCGGUUUACAUGAAAUGCAUUGCUUCAGGCAACCCCACGCCGGAAAUCAUCUGGGAACUCUACGGCAAACGGCUGUCGAACAGCGACCGGUACCAGAUCGGGCAGUACGUGACGAUGAACGGAGACGUGGUCUCGCACUUGAACGUGACCGCCAUCCACACCAACGACGGAGGAUUAUACAGAUGCGUGGCCUCGAGUAAAGUCGGCUCCGCCGACCAUUCCGCCAGGAUUAACGUCUACGGAUUACCUUUCGUUAGGUCAAUGGAGAAACAAGCCAUCGUUGCCGGUGGUACCCUGAUUGUACACUGCCCAUUCGCCGGACACCCUGUUGAAACAGUAGUUUGGGAACGAGAUGGACGACUGUUGCCGAUCAACAGGAAGCAAAAGGUGUUCCCCAAUGGUACCUUGAUUAUUGAAAACGUCGAAAGGGCAUCCGACCAAGCUACUUACGUGUGCGUCGCCAAGAAUUCCCAAGGGUACAACGCUCGUGGAUCUUUAGAAGUCCAAGUCAUGGUUCCUCCUCAAAUCCUCCCCUUCGAUUUCGGCGAAGACACGGUUAACACAGGUGACUUCGCAUCCUUGUCGUGUUCGGUGCACAAAGGAGACUUACCCAUCAACAUAACGUGGUUGCACAACGGGAAGGACGUCGGUUACACCGAUGGCAUUCUCGUAUCCAAGCAGGGCAAAAAAUUGGGAACGUUAACCAUCGACUCCGUGCAGGAGUACCACUCGGGGAACUACACCUGUUUGGUCGCCAACAAAGCGGGCUUUGCCGACCAUUCAGCCGAAUUACGCGUCAAUGUACCACCAAGGUGGAUUUUAGAACCAACCGACAAAGCAUUUGCUCAAGGCUCAGAUGCCGCUGUCGAAUGUAAAGCUGACGGAUUCCCUAAGCCUGUUGUUACAUGGAAAAGGGCUACAGGAGUCUCGCCAGGCGAUUACAAAGAUUUCAAACCGAAUAAUCCCGAUAUUAAAGUAGAAGACGGUACUCUUACCAUCAACAACAUUCAAAAAACGAACGAAGGAUAUUAUUUAUGCGAAGCGGUGAACGGUAUUGGCUCAGGAUUGUCUGCAGUCGUCCUCAUCAGCGUGCAAGCCCCACCACAAUUCGAAAUUAAGCUGCGCAACCAAACGGCACGCAGAGGCGACCCGGCUGUCCUGCAAUGCGAGGCCAAAGGCGAAAAACCCAUCGGCAUCUUGUGGAACAUCAACGGCAAACGUCUGGAACCCAAAGGCGACAACCGGUACACAAUCAGAGAGGAGAUCUUGCCUAACGGUGUCCUGUCGGACUUGAGCAUUAAACGCACCGAACGUUCCGAUUCCGCCCUGUUCUCCUGCGUGGCCACCAACGCCUUCGGCAGCGACGACACCAACAUCAACAUGAUAGUGCAGGAGGUGCCCGAAGUACCGUACGGCCUCAAGGUCCUGGACAAGUCCGGGAAGACCGUGCAACUCUCCUGGGUGUCGCCCUACGACGGAAACUCACCGAUUAAAAUUUUCAGCAUCGAGUACAAACAGAGCAAGGCCAGCUGGGACUCCAGCACGGAUAGCGUUUUAGUACCCGGUGAUUUAACAGAAGCAGGCAUCAACACACUGCGCCCCGCAACCACCUACCACAUCCGCAUAAUAGCCGAAAACGAAAUUGGCAAAUCCGAUCCUUCCGACACAGUCACCAUUAUAACGGCCGAAGAGUCGCCCAGCGGCGCCCCCACCAAAAUCCGCGUCGAAACCAACGACCAACACUCACUGAUGGUGUACUGGAAGCCACCACCAAGGGACCAAUGGAACGGCGACAUCCAAGGCUACUACGUGGGCUACAGACUCGGCAGCUCCGAAAAACCGUACCUGUUCGAAACCGUCGAGUUCCCGAGGGAGGAGGACGGCAAGGAGCACCACCUGAACAUCUCCAACCUCAAGACUUACACCCAGUACUCGGUUGUCGUGCAGGCGUUCAAUAAAGUUGGAGCCGGACCAAUUUCCGAGGAAAUCAAGGCGUACACAGCUGAAGGCGUCCCGGAACAACCCCCAGACAAGGCCACCUGCACCACUUUGACCGCCCAAACUAUCAGGGUGUCCUGGGUGUCACCUCCUUUGACUUCUGCCAACGGUGUCAUUAAAGGUUACAAGGUUAUUUACGGACCCUCCGACACUUGGUUUGAUGAGAACAGCAAGGACACCAAAAUCACGUCUUCCAGUGAGACCAUCUUGCACGGCUUGAAGAAAUACACCAACUACAGCAUGGAAAUUUUGGCCUACACUUCGGGAGGUGACGGAGUGCGCACCAGCCCCAUCCACUGUCAAACUGAACAAGAUGUUCCGGAAGCCCCGGUGGCGAUUAAAGCUUUGGUCAUGUCCUCCGAUUCGAUUUUAACAAGCUGGAAGCCACCCGUGGAGCCCAACGGCAUCGUCGAGUACUACACGGUUUAUUACAAACAAGUAGGCAAGGACGACGAGAAGCCACACUCCCAAAAGAUCGUACCCAACCUCAAGAAUCAAAACCUGCGUUUCCAAGCCAAGAACCUGGACAGCACGCAAAAGUACGAGUUCUGGGUGACCGCAGCCACGACCAUCGGUGAAGGACAGCCCUCCAAGAAGGUUACGGUGUCGCCAAGCCUCAGCGUACCAGCAAAGACGGCCUCGUUCGACGACUCGUUCACGACGACCUACAAAGAGGACGUGACACUUCCCUGCUUGGCCGUGGGCGUACCACCACCGACCAUAACCUGGAGCAUCAAAGGCGCCAAAUUCUCCAUCAACUCCAACGACCGCAUCCGCCAACAACCCGACGGUUCCCUUUUCAUCCGCGACGUAACCAGAACUGACGCCGGAGAGUACACGUGUCGUGUCGAAAACGAUUACGGCCAAGACUCAGUCACGCAUCAGCUCAUCGUCAACGCUCCCCCUCACGCACCGCAAGUCACCCUCACCUCCACCACCACCAAUUCGUUGACCAUCAAGUUGAAGCCUCACGAAGACGACGUGGAACCCAUCCAUGGCUACACCGUACACUACAAACCGGAGUUUGGGGAGUGGGAGAACGUGCAGGUGGCGCCCAAUGUGGAAAAGUACACUUUGGAGAAGCUGGUGUGUGGUACCAGAUAUCAAGUUUACGUAACUGCCUACAACAGCAUUGGUACCGGCGAUCCCUCAGACAAUUUGAACCCCAGGACCCGUGGUGAUAAGCCCAUCGUCCCCUCCGCCGACAAGUUUAUCGAGGUCUCCUCCAACAGCAUCACACUUCACCUUUCCGCCUGGUCUGACGGCGGCUGCCCCAUGUUGUACUUCGUCAUUGAACACAAGAAAAGAAUCAACUCAGAAUGGAUCCAAGUAUCGAACAAUGCCAAACCAAGUCAGAACUUUGUGCUUUUAGAUUUGGAUCCGGCGGUGUGGUACCACUUGAGGGUUACCGCCCACAACAACGCCGGCUUCAGCGUUGCUGAAUAUGAAUUCGCCACACUUACCGUCACAGGAGGUACGAUCGCGCCGGCCCGCGACUCGCCGACGAUGAGGAUGCUGUUCCCGUGGAUACCCGAGUGGGUCGACUGGAACAUCGCCGUGCCGGUUGCCGCCACCGUUGUCGUUGUCGUUGUCGGCAUCGUCGUCAUUUGCGUCGCGUUGUCGAGGAAGGCCAACGGUCCGCUGCAGACCAGGCUGCACAGCGACUACGACGUGGUCUACAACCAAACAUGCAACGCCACCUCCACCCUCGACAAACGCCGCCCCGGCCUCAGAGACGAACUAGGAUACAUAGCGCCGCCCAACAGAAAACUACCCCCAGUACCAGGCUCCAACUACAACACGUGCGACAGGAUCAAGCGAGGUACCGGUUUAAGAACACAUUACCGUUCUCACUCCACUUGGGACCCGAGAAGGCACUUGUACGAGGAACUGAGAAGUAGAAGGGGCUCGAACGAGACCGUUCACACCCACAGAGGCAUGGACGACGAAAUUUGCCCCUACGCCACCUUCCAUCUGUUAGGCUUCCGCGAGGAAAUGGACCCCAGCAAGGCGAUGCAGUUCCAGACGUUCCCCCAUCCACACUCCGGCACCAUGGGACCGUCGGGCAUGAACACACCCCACCAGGCACACUCCAGAUCCGGAUCGCAGUCGAUGCCACGACAGAACAGACGCUACGACAGAGUGGGAUCCCAAGGUUACACGUUGCCAUCAGGCAAUGGAAGUAUCUACUCCCCCGGACCGGAGUACGACGACCCGGCUAACUGCGCACCAGAGGACGAGCAGUACGGCUCGCAGUACUACGGAGCGCCGUACGACCAGUACGGGAGCCGCGGCUCAAUAGGACGCAGAUCGUUGGGCUCGAUGAGGAUCCCGCCGACGAGCAGCAGCCCGGAACCGCCACCGCCGCCGCCGAGGAACCACGAUCCGUCGUUCAAUGACUCGAAGGACAGCAACGAGAUUUCCGAAGCUGAAUGCGACAGGGAUCAGUUGAUUAACAGCAGGACUUACGGAGAAAAUGAUCAGGUAAUGAGAGGUAACUCUAAGGAUGGCAUGACCCAUGAAGAAAUGCGCAAACUGAUUGAGAGAAACGAAACAGGGCAAACCGCAGCAGCAGCAAACGGGGGACUCACAGCCUACGAUACUAUGGCAGUGUAAUUUGUAAGAGGGCGCAGACGACGGUACUGCCAACGUGGGCACAAUUUAGUGAUCAUAUUAGCUGAAAAUUAAUUUCUCCAAAACGUUUUUGUUUGUUAUUAUUAUUAUUAUUAUUUGUUUCGGAUGACAAUUACGUGUGAUCACUAAAUUACGUUACUAAGUUUGACGAUUUGUACGAAAUAUUCACGCAGAAAAUUCACGAGACUGACCUAUUAUUCACCAAUCAUUCAUUUCGGUAGCCGCAACUAAACAGUUACUUUAUUAUAUAUAUAUAUUUAGUUGUAUGGUACGUGAAUAUUUAGUGCAAAUUCAUUAAGUUCAACCAAAUAUUAUUUAAGUUUGCUAGUGUGUUUUUUUUUAAUUAUUAUUUUGGGGCUGUUUUGAGCCGCUAAUACGAAAAACGUACACAUUUUGCCAAAAAGGAAUAAAUCAUUCGGUAUUAAUUAGGGUUUUUUGUUUGCGCAAGUGGCUCAAUGUGUCAUGUGAUAUUUUGUGGUUUGUGAGUGUUUGUGUUGGUCGAUCAUUUCUACAGUCGGUGCCAAAAAUUCAAUGUUUAGUUGUUCCGCACACUGCUGUAGGGCUGUCGGUUUAUAUUUGGUCCAGAAUUCGGUUUCUAACUACUUAAAAAUUCACAAUUUCUGGCACGGAUAUAGAACCAAGUUUAUCCUUUUUUGUGUAUAGCCUGUUUACUUUAUUUACUUUGCUUUAUUACUGUUUUGUUUAACUAGGUUUAGGUACAUUUGGCGAUAGGUUUAGUUAAUUAUUAAUUGUGUACAAGUAUGAAGGUUGUGCGUCGCCAAUAUGUAGUUUACAAAAAAAAAUGCUAGAGCAAGAUUUAAAUAUAAUAAUAGCUUAACAAAGGUGCCACAAUAAUGUUGCGCUUCUUCCAUUGUCCAAGAUAUUUUAAAUUAAAAUUGUUGAAGUCCAAAUUAGCACUUAAAUUUAACACGCUGCUCAUUUUAAGUAACACUUCUUAAGUAAUUUGCUGUUUGUACUUCAAAAAUGAAACAUUAAAUUUAUAUUUUUUGACACUAUAUUGUAAAAUACCGGACGACUGACGCAGAAUUGUUGCAGUGCCUUUGGCAUUGUUUUCGAAGUAGCUGAAAAGAACAUACAUAUAUUGAUGAUAACUUUAGUUGCUAAAAAGUUAAAGUAAAAAUUAUAUCAGUGUUUCUAACUUACAGCAUGCAUGUAUAUGUAGAUGUUUAAACAUAAUUCUGAUCAUUAUUUAGAUAGAUUAAGCAAAACUACGUAACCUCAUAGCAUUUUUUUCGUUGGUUAUUGCACACUUUGUUAAAAAACCACUCAAACAUUCAAUCAAUGUGGUGGCGGUGGUUUUGUGUGCGAUAAAAUUAAUACUCAGCCAUAAAUUCAGUCAUUGAAACGCUUGUUUAAAUUGUAUGUAGUGUUUAAAAAUAAUAUCAGUAGAGUUUAGGUGUAUUUUAUGAAAUUACCAAUGAUGGCAUUUUGGACAGAAUUCAGAGUUUUUUGCGUGCGUUUUACCAAUCUUUAUAUUGAUACGUUGAUUCUUUUAGCUGGUGUUGUAUACUUUUUAACAGUUCCUAAAGUAGUGACAGAUUUCUUGGUAAAAUGCAUUGAAAAUCAAUUUCUGAAGGUUUGACUUGUCUUUUUGCUGCUUGUUUCUGACGUUUUAAGGUUUAAGUGUGGACCUUUAGAAUAAUUAAAGUGUUGCCAUUUUAUUUAACUAGUCAUGCUUCCUUUCAACACAAUUCAAUUAUUAAAUGGCAAACGUUUUCAACUCGUAUAUUUUGUUGUGAUAAUGGUUUGAAAUGCCAUUAUAAGUGUAUUGUAAGUGUGCUAUAUAUAUUCGGUAGUUUAUAAGUAUCUAUAUAAUAUUCUUCAAAUAUCUAAUUGUACUCAUACUGUUUAAUUAAUAAUUUUUUGCAAUAUCUUAAUCAUAUACUAAUAUUUUAAUGUAUACAAGAAUUUCUAUUCCAAUUUAUACAUGUUUCUUUGGAUUGUGGCGUUGCGGAAAAUUGGAGUGUAUUUGUAUACUGGAUUGCCAUUUUUUAUUGUCACACUCUAAUUUUUAAGUGCUUAUAUACCAAAGUCAUUUUUUGGUUAAAUAAUAUACAAAUAACUAAAA